AUGGAGGUGCAAAAGGCAGACGGGACCAAGGAGCUGAGCAGACCACCACCAGAGCGCAAGAACAUGGACCUCGUCAAGUGGGCUGUGACUGUGGCAGGGUUUGUGCUGUGGACCAGUGGCAGCUCUGCAGCACCCAUGGAGUGUCACUUUGACUCUAGAGCUCAGUGUGUGUUCGAGGGCAGACACUACUCUCUGGGUGAAGCGUGGAUGGACAACGCCUGCAUGCAGUGCACCUGUCUGCACCCGGUCGGCGUCGGUUGCUGUGAGACGGUUCACCGGCCGGUGGAUUUCCCCGCGUGGUGUGAGGUGAGGGUGGAGCCUGUGACCUGCAAAGUGUCACUGGUCCAGACGGCCGACCCCCGCCUGCCCUGCGUCCCAGGAGAGACCAACAGGGACCCCAGCCACGGGUCCCUGCAGCUCCAGCAGCAGCUGGAAGCCUAG